CACCCAAAUAGAAAAUCUCCUUUCACGCUUUUAUUUCACGCAUCGCCGAUAUAUACAGGAACCAUAUAUACACGUUCGCAUCGCUGCGGCUAGUGUAAAGAGUUCAGAGAGAGAGAGAGAGAGAGAGAUGGGGGUGACGAAGGAGGUGGUUGAAUCUUCAUUGACUUCAAAGCUGAACCCUGCUCAUCUUGAAGUAAUCGAUACAUCUGGAGGGUGUGGUGCAAGCUUUGCAGUGGAGAUUGUAUCAGAGCAAUUUGCAGGGAAGAGGUUGCUGGAGAGGCAUCGAAUGGUGAAUACUGCAUUGACAGAGGAGAUGAAAGAAAUACAUGCACUUUCUAUCACCAAGGCUGUUACCCCUGAGCAGUGGAAACAGCAACAAGAGUCUGAAAAAUCUCAAUCCGCUGCUUAAACGUCAUGCGUUUUUGAAGUUAACUCAUCUGAGAUUUUUAGAUACAAUAUGUUUAUGCAGUUGAAUCAGAACCAAUGUUUGUGUGGGGAAAUAUUGUGGACAUAAAUCAAUGUAUGGUUUUGUGUCUUCCAGCCA